AUGGCUCCCCCACCUUCCCCUGCUCUCCCACUUCAGCAAAGGCUCAUACAACUCGCGCAGACAUUACAAUCUAUGGCAAUUGUAUGGCUUUUCUCCAAACAAUACCCCAUCGCCAUGCUUCCAUUCGGUGUCUACUCCGUUUUCCACGUCGCAACUUACACCCGCACCAAUCUCAUCCCAACUCUUCAACCAGCUCCACAAAGUACCGACCCUAAGGCUGCUCCAAAGCCAAACGCUAUGGCCGAUACCAUUGGAAAAUUUGCUCAAUCCACAUUUGUUCAAGCUCAAUUCAGACAAUUGGAGGCAAGAAUCGAUAGCCUUGUUGGAGCUCAAUCUACUCCACCAGCAGCAAGACAAGUUUGGGAGGGUCUUAAGGGUGGUGCUAGAACUUUCCACGAUACUACUGAUAUUGGAAAGUACGUUGGUGGCGCCCCAGCUCAAAAGAAGACUUCAUAA